AUGUUUCUUUGUUGUUUCCUUUUCGUUUGUGCUCUCCUCUUCUUACCUUUUUCCUGCGGCACCAGGACGCACCAUCUUGAAGAUGUCCAGAACUUUGCUACCGCUGCCUUCUGUUUGUUGGUUGCCGCAGAUCCAGAACUGCUUGGGGACAAGAAUGACGGCCGUGGAGGAGGCAAGCCUCACCGUUACAGGAAGAGGAAGUUUGUCAAUGACAUUUUCAACGAGCUUGGUCCUCAUUAUGUCAGGCGAGCUUACCGGAUGGAACCUGCUUCCUUCUGGCGACUGGUGAGAAUUUUGCAGCCUUACAUGAAAGGUGGAAAGUCCAAAAGGAAGGCGGCACAGAAGUCGGGAGCAAAGAAUGGGUUGAUUCCUUUGCCAAGCAGAGUCAGCGCCGCCCUUCGCUACUUUGCUGGUGGAGCUGCAUAUGACAUUGCUGUGGUCCAUGGAAUGGGGCACACUGACGUUUAUCGCUCCGUCUGGAAAGUCGUGGAUGCUGUCAACAAGUGUCCAAAGUUGGACUUUUCCUACCCUUCUGACCACAAUGAACAACAGAAGAUUGCUGACGACUUCAAAGAGCUCAGUCGCGGAGUCUUCAGUUGCUGCGGCGGAGCAGCAGAUGGCAUCUUGGUCUGGACAGAAAGGCCGAGUGAAGAAAGCUGUGAGAGUGCACAAUGUGGUCCCAAGAAAUUUUUCUGCGGCAGAAAGAAGAAGUUUGGGUUGAACAUGCAGGCAACUUGUGAUGCUCACCGAAGGUUCCUCGACAUCUACGUUUCCCAUCCUGGAUCCACUUCAGACUAUCUUGCUUGGACAUCAUCGCCUCUCUACCACAAGCUAGAACGCAAAGGUUUCAUGAAGCAGGGGAUCUGCAUUUUUGGAGAUAAUGCAUAUGUCAACACACCAACCAUGGCGACUCCAUACAAAGCAGUUGGUGCUGGAACCAAGGAUGCAUACAACUACUUCCAUUCCAAUGUUCGCAUCACAAUUGAGUGCGCAUUCGGCAUGCUGACCAGGCGUUGGGGAAUUCUCAUGCGCCCAUUUCCCACGUCUGUUAACAUCGCCAAAGUCACCGCUGUUGUUCGUUGCCUCUGCCGGCUGCACAAUUUUUGCAUCAAUGAGCGAUUGGCGAGACAGCAAGAGACACCAAUUUCGCAAGUGGGCUCACCCCAGGAAGAGUACAUGUCCGACAUGGCUGACCGUCUUGCGAGUGAUGAGUUCAACAUUGUGAUUGGCGAGGGAGGCAUGUGGCAGGAAGGUGCCGGUGGUGGAGAAGAGUUCAGGCCGGAAGGGUUGCUUCAUGGUGGAGAGCACUUCGAUGACAUCUCAUAUUGGAGUCGGCACAGUCGGAGGAAUGAAGAAACUUUGCCUCGCGAAAGGAUGCUUGACACUAUCCAACGCCUUGGAUUGCGCCGCACGACUCCCCGGCACUGGGUGGGAAAGACUCCUGCACGCUCAUACAAAGCUUAA